GACACACUGUUACUUUCAUUUUGAGAAAUACUGCUUGACAUCACUUUGUUUUUCUAAAGUAGAACAACUCUAGUUUGGAGCUUCUAUUAAAGAUACUAAUAACAUUUUUACAUUCAGUUUAGAAUUUUGAAGAGAGGUUUUGGAAGAGAUGACACAAAGCCCCCAGAUAGCCACCCAGACUGAUCACAGGAAUCAAAGAACCCAUGAAAAGAAACAAGGUGUAAAGGACAAGUGUAAGAAGACAACUUGCAUGUAUAUUACAUUUGCAAUAUCUUUAAUUUUAAAUAUUAUUCUAAUUAUUGUAUUAGCAUUUACGAGUACUCAGGAUUCCUGCCCAGAUGAUUGGAUUAGUUUCCAAAACAAAUGCUAUUAUUUCUCUAAAGAAGAAGGGGAUUGGAAUUCAAGUAGACACAACUGUGUCACUCAACGUGCUGAUCUAACUAUGAUUGACACUGAGGAAGAAAUGGCAUUUCUUAAGCGACACAAAUGCACUUCUGAUCACUGGAUUGGGCUGGAGAUGACAGAAAAUCAAGCAGGACGAUGGGUAAAUGGAACCAUAUUUAACAAAUGGUUUUCUGUGAGAGGAAAUGAAAAAUGUGCUUACCUCGAUGAUGAUGGUGCAGCAACAGCUAGAUGCUACACAGAAAGAAAAUGGAUUUGCAGGAGGAAAAUGCACUAACUUAAUGUUUCCAUAGUGGAAUUGCAACAUGGGUACCAUGAUUUUGUAAUUCUUUUUUUUCUUUCCCUCUGUAUAAGUUAACUUUCAACACUUCACUGCUUUAAUGUUCUAGCCUGAUAAUACAUCUUGAUAAUUGUCAAAAUAAUUUCCUUCAACUUAUUUUUCUACUUUUCAAGGCCUGGAUCUUUUCUAUAUCAAUUUUAGAAGACUCCUGUAAUUAAUUUCACAGGACUUAUAGAUCAAUUUGGAAAGUGUUGUAUUUAUAAUAUUAUUUCUUAUUCAUUUAUAAUAUAUAUCUUAUAUUGGUGUUUGUCUUCUUGUAUGAUUUAUAGUUUUUCUAACCAGUCACUGCAUGUUAUUUAUUAUAUGUGUCCCUAUUAAAUGUAUCUGAUGUUUAUGUUGUUGUAAUUAUGUAAUUUUAUUAUUUUUUGUAAUAGUUACUUUUAUAUAUGGAAAUGUAAUUCUUUGUGUUAUUCUUCUCCUGUUCAACAUAUAUUCUGAAAGCUCAUAAUUCUAAUAAUUUGUGGAUUCUUUUAAAUAUUGUAAAACAUAGCACCUAAUAAUAAGUUUUAUUUUUUCUUAGAACUAUUACUUAACUUUUGUAUAAUUAAAAUGUGUAGAACUGCCAAGACAAUAUUGGCAGUGAACAUUAUUAAUUUGUUUCACAUUUUAAAGAAAAUUCUUCUAACAUCUUCUUUUUUAAAAUAUUUUAUUUAUUU